UAACUGCAGUGGUUGCCUCAAAAGGUUGUGCAACAAAAUAUUAAGUUACCCUCAUUUUUGUCCAGCCCUAUUUCAUUAAUCUGGUGCAUACGUAGGUGUGUUAAGGUGUGUUUGUGGAUUGGUUUCUGGGAAACGGUGCAUUGGUUGACCUUUAAUCCCUUUGCUCCAGCUAUAAAACAGCAACCUGACUUCUGCCAUAAACUCCUUUAGCCUCUGACAUCCUUUCAUCAUCUGACAAACUCUUUCAGUCAUGGCCGUGAUCAACCAGCCGGGUAAAUUCCAGCCGUCUGACUUCCAGACCGACGUGUGCGACUGCUGCGACGACGUUAAGAUCUGCCUGUGCGGCUGCUUCUGCUACCUCUGUCUGGGCUGCACCAUCGCCAGCGACAUGGGCGAGUGCUGCAUGUUUGGCACCGGGUAUCCCAUCCGCAGCGUCUACCGGACCAGAUACAACAUCAAGGGUUCCAUGUGUAACGACUGCCUGAUGUCGCUGUUCUGCCCCGUCUGCUCCACCUGUCAGCUGAAGAGGGACAUCAAGCAUCGGAAGGAGCAGGGCACCUUUUAAAAACGAGCACCGGUCUGUCCAGGCGGCGUUUGUCCUGCAUCAUCUUCUACUGUUCAGCCUGAAAUCAUUCCAUUGACUGUAUACAUGAACAGGACUGACAUUCACUAUGACAUCACACCGACUCGCUCCAGGUCUCACAUACAGUCAAUAGUAACACAGGAAAUUUAAUUUCUUCCUAAAAAUGACUUGAACACAGAUUUAAUUUUGACUCAACUUCCUUUUUUAAGCUUCAAAGUAAAAAAAAAUCCCUUUAAUAUCAGAAUAAUUACUUUUCAACUUUGUUUUUUGUGUCGAUGUGAUUUUUUACUGAAUAAAUUGCUUUACUUUGUCACAAGGAAAAGCUGAAACUUGAAGAAAAAGGUUGUUUUAUAUUUCAGGCCAAAACUACGUGAAAAUAAAAUGUUGUGCAGCUUC